AUGCCUGCCGCGGAGAUCAUCAGCCUACCUGUCCUGGGGAAAAUGCUUGGAGUAAAUGAGCAGCCAGAGAUGAUAGAUUUUUGCAUACGGCAGGACACAACAGUGAAGGUGCUGAGAGAAAAGCUCAAGGAAUAUGGCCUCCAGUCUACUGGAAAGAAGGUCGACCUCAUCGAACGACUGCGUGAGUAUGCGACUGACGACAGUAGCUGGAGACUCCUCUUCCAACCCGCACAAAAGGGCACGAGAGGAAGCUACACCGGUAAACGAAUGGCGAAAUUGUCGGCGCAGCGCAUCACGUCGCAGUUUGGGGAGCACGAGCUGACUUUAGUGCAGCACAAGAGCAAGCGGGGUGGCAUCAGCCGCAUGGUGCACAGUCUCACACCCGCUGACAUCAACAGCAAUGAUGCUUGGCGCAUGCUAACGGGCGAGAUUGGCAAGGCAACUGAAGUCCUGCAAAACGUCGAAGCCUGGCAGAGCAAGCCUACUACUACACGACAAGUCACUGCGCUGCCCGCUCCUUCACCACCGACAGAAUCACCGUGCUCGACUCAGCCCAACUUGAGGAACCCACAAAUCUCACUUCCUGACAAGGCUGAACUGACUGCUGAGGAUGGUCGAAGCCUGAGUUUGCGCUUCAGACGCUUGGAACAUACCGUCGCAGGCCUGGAGGACACACUCAUAGAGCGCGCAUAUGACCUCGAGAUUGGGAUCAGCAAGAGGGUCACUCGUGAAAUCGCCCCCCUCUUCAACCACGCCAACUUCGAUCAUGCGUCAGGCAACAGCGUGCAUCAGGAAAACGACAAGUUACUUACUCUGACUUAUUGUCAACUUUUCACACACAAUAAGGCGAAAUAA